AUGUCCACGUGGAAAGCAAGGCUCACUAAAAGACUGAAAUCUCCGUCUAGAAGGAUGCACCCUUUCCCAUGUUCAGCGUUAUUUGCGUGUUUUGGGAAUGCACAGGAGAAUGCUCCCUUUGACCAGUCCAGCAUGGCUGAUACUCAUUCAACCAUCUAUGUUCAGCCCACGGCCAAAGCAGGUCACCAGAAUGGGGAAGAAGAAGCUGCAGAGAAAAGGCGAGAUUCUGGCACCCAGUUAGAGAGAAAUGGCAGUGUGAACCGGAGUUCAAGUCUCCAGACUGCUGCUCAGCCCACGGAGACACCUGAGGAUUUGCCUGGGUCCCUAAGUGCUGAACCAGGCUGCCAAGCAGUUAUUUUUCAAACUUCUAUCCCCAGACCAUCAAUUAUUGAAAUGCCAAAGGAAGAAGAGGAAUUUCAAGAACCUAAAUGCCUUGAGUUGGAACAGAAGACGACAUCAGACAUCCCAUUUGAGGAGAUUGACCCUAAGGACUCAUUUCUCAUUCCAAGAAGCAUCAUGGCUGAGCCAGACUAUACAGAAGAUGACAAUCCUGAACUCAUUCGGCCCCAGAAACUAAUCAAUCCUGUCAAAACCUCCCGGAAUCAUCAAGAUCUUCACAGAGAGCUUCUUAUGAAUCAAAAAAGGGGUCUUGCCCCUCAGAAUAAACCAGAACUGCAGAAAGUGAUGGAAAAGAGGAAACGAGACCAAGUAAUAAAGCAGAAGGAAGAAGAAGCACAAAAGAAGAAAUCUGACUUAGAAAUUGAACUGUUAAAACGGCAGCAGAAGUUGGAGCAGCUGGAACUCGAGAAGCAGAAAUUGCAAGAUGAACAAGAAAACGCCCCAGAGUUUGUGAAGGUAAAAGGCAAUCUCAGGAGAACAGGCCAAGAAGUGGCUCAAGCCCAGGAGUCCUAGGCUGAGGUUGCCCGAGAUCUCGCGGGUC